AAUUUGUUUUUUAAUAUAUGUGUAUGUGUGUGGGCCUGUGUGAUUUUAUAUUCACCACUGGUGCCUGAAGAGGCCAGAAGAGGGCAUUAAAUCUCCUGGAGUGGAGUCACAGGCAAUCGCGAACUGCCUGGCACUGGUGCUAGGAAGAGCAGUAGUGUGCUUGCCUGUUGGCCAUCACUCCAGAAGCUCAUAAUUACUGUUUGAAGGGACGCGUUCUUAAAUGACUUGUGCUCACAGCCUCUUUAAUGUUGUGGUCUUCGUUAAGUCUGCCAACAAGAAAAAGAUCACCAAAGCUGAGCGACUUCGGCUGCUGCAGGAGGAAGAAGAGAGACGCCUGAAGGAGGAAGAGGAGGCUCGACUGAAAUUUGAAAAAGAAGAACAGGAGAGGCUAGAAACACAGCGGAUUGAGAAAGAGAAAUGGCGUCAGCUGGAAAAGAAGGACCUAGAAAGAAGGAGUGAAGAACUUGAAGAGCUUUCUUUGCUAGAGGGCUGUUUUCCUGAAGCAGAAAAACUGAAACGGGAAACCAGGGCACUGGCUCAGUGGAAGCACUACAUCCAGUGUGAUGGGAGCCCUGAUCCUUCAAUUGCCCAGGAAAUGAACACUUUCAUUAGCCUGUGGGAAGAGGAGACAAAUGAGACCUUCGAGCAAGUGAUUGAGAAAAGCAAACUGGUGCUGUCUGUGAGUGAUAUAAUAUUCUUCACAUUUCAGUUGACUGAGAAGCUGAAGUUAAUUUUACUGGAAACUCCAUCAUGUGAUCUGGAGAGCAGGACCAUAGCGCAGCAUCAAGGGUCGAUUCUGCGCCUGCAGGAGCUCCUCAGUCAGAAGGUGGACGUGGCCACAGAACUGCUUCUCCGAGAGGCUAGUACCCUAGCAGAUCUGGACAGCGGGAACAUGGAAAAAAUCAUCCAAGAUGAGAAUAUUACCCUGUAUGUGUGGGCAAACCUAAAAAAGAAUCCCAGGUACUCCCCUACCACUUCCCCAGAGACACCGGUGUUUAGUAGGUAUCGAAGUGUGAAAUUCUCUGGAACACAAAUUGGAUUUGAAAUCCCAAGGAUACUAGCUACAAGUGAUGUCGCUCUUCGGCUCCUACACACACGCUAUGACCAUGUCACCCCUCUUUACCCCAACACCAUCACUGAGGAAGAACAUGUUCCCAUGGCAGCGAAGCAUUUCAAGGAAGAGGAGAGUACAGAAAAGGCCGUCACUGAAGAAAAGGUCUUUGCUGAAGAAAACACUGCCAGUCAAGCUGCCGAGUCUCAGUCUAGGCAAGAAACAGAGCUCAGCUUAGUCCAAGAGGAGGAGCCCAACUCUGAGGCGCUAGAGAACAUUGACGCUUACUACCAGGAGGAGGAAAAUGCCAAAGGCCCCAGAUAUGAGCUGGAGAUGCGGUUGCUAAGUGAAGUUGUCUCUGCAGCACAGCUGCGCCUGGUAGAGAACACCGUGGAGUUUCCACAAACCACUGAGGAGAAGGAGGUGGACCUGUGCCAUUUCUCUACCCUGGGCGGAGUGUACCACCUGGACAUCCUGGAGCUGCCCCCUCAGUGCAAACCAGUGAAGGGCUGGGUGCUAGUCGAGAUACGUCAAGAAGGAUUACAGAGGUUUACAUAUCCUCCAGAAACCACAGAAGAACCCGAUCCAGAAAAUGCCUUUCCACCCAUAGAGAUCACACUGGAGGUCCAUGAGAAUGUAAUCUUCUUUGAGGAUCCCAAGGUCAUAAGGUGGGAUGCAGAAGGUAAAAUGUGGAAAACAGAUGGCAUUAGCGAGGUUUUUUACAGUCGAGAAGACAGACUCAUAAGCUUCUGUUUGGAUACUUUGGGCCCUGUGACCUUGAUUCAAGAUGCCCAUAUUAAUAUGCCAUACCAGUCCUGGGAACUGCGACCCCUGGGUGUGAACAGAGUCCUCAUGACUGUGACUUCGCUUUUCACUGAGCUCCAGAUUCACAUCAAGGAGAACCUCUGCAUGUUAGCUUCAGUCAAACUGAGGAGCCAAGAGCAUUUGUCUCAUUUAGAAGGAAAAUGGAUGACACCCAUACCCUUCAUUCUGGCUAUGAAGGAAGCAGGGUUGAACAUCUUCCCGACUGUAUACUCUCAUUUUUAUGUGGUCGUCAACAACAAGGUCCCCCUGGUGGAAAUGAAGGCCUAUCGGCAAAUGGCCCUACUAAGCUCUGCUUUCGCGUUUAGCUGGAGCAAGUGGAACAUGGUCUGCAAUUCCACGAGAGUUGUGUUUAGGGUGAAGGAAGCCCUGGCUGAAGCCGCAGAGGACCAUCUCUGGGGCCUUCUCAUGUUCAGUGGUGACAGGGCACAAAUGCUCAAGAUCAGGGAAGAGAGUGAUGUGUUCUCCGAGGCCCUCCAGGAGGACACUGAGUUUCACUCCACCUUGUACCACAUGGUGAAGGACUUUGCCUCUGCAGAGGCGAUGGAGAGGGUCAGGCAUUCCAACUGCCAGUUCAUUGACUCAGUGUGCCACAUGCUACUGUCCACCCGGGUCCUCAGCUAUUCCUAGUCCUCACAGCCUGUGGAAGAGCUGGUGGGACCCUGAGACCUGGGAGGAAUCAGGUAUUUCUCCAUGUGGCUGAUAUCACAAACUUAAAAACGACCCGAGAGCACUCUGUAUUCAAGCUUCACUGCAUAAAGAUUGGAAUAGUUCUUUAUUUCGAUAAAUUUCAAUAAAGUACUCUGUCUAUCUGUC